AAUGAACCAAAUGGUAGAGAAAUAUUUUAGACCUAUUUUCCUUCCAUCUUCAAUAUUUCCUCCCCUUUUCAACUAAAACAAACACAGCGUAAAGUCAAAGCAGCCACAACAUAAGCGUGUCUAACUGCGUUCUGUUUGCUCCUUCACCAACCACCACCCACCACCGCGAAAACGCGCUUCUAUCUCCUCGCCGUAACAAACAAACGAUGGGAGUGACACCCAAAAUUGCUCCGUCGAUGCUCUCAUCGGACUUCGCCAAUUUGGCUUCCGAGGCUCAACGCAUGCUUGAUUAUGGCGCCGAUUGGCUCCACAUGGACAUCAUGGCACUUUGUCCCCAAUUUAACUAUUGGCACUCCGGUCAUUGAAAGUUUGAGAAAGCACACAAAGGCAUAUCUGGAUUGUCACCUUAUGGUUACAAAUCCUCUUGAUUAUGUUGAGCCUUUGGGAAAAGCAGGUGCUUCUGGUUUUACAUUUCAUGUAGAGGCAUCAAAAGAUAACUGGAAAGAACUUAUCCAAAGAAUUAAGUCACAGGGCAUGAAGCCUGGUGUAGCAUUAAAGCCUGGGACACCCAUCGAAGAUGUCUAUCCUCUGGUUGAAGCUGAAAAUCCUGUGGAAAUGGUUCUUGUGAUGACUGUAGCACCUGGAUUUGGAGGACAAAAAUUUAUGCCUGAGAUGAUGGACAAGGUACGAAUAUUGAGGAAGAAGUAUCCAUCACUUGACAUAGAGGUUGAUGGUGGUUUAGGGCCUUCAACUAUAGACAUGGCCGCGUCUGCAGGGGCGAAUUGCAUAGUUGCUGGAAGUUCAGUGUUUGGAGCCCCUGAGCCAGCUCAAGUAAUUUCCUUACUGAGGAAUUCUGUUGAGAAAGGCCAGCAAACACAUUAACUUGAUACAGUAAAGAUCCUUCAUUUUAUGUUGCAGUACACUUCCAAACUUCACAUAUUCAACAUGUUUAAUGUGCUGUCAUUUUGAUAAAUCGAAUAAAAGAUCAAGUGAUUCAAUACUCUUAGUAUACAUAUCUUUAUAUAGUGUUGCACUUCAUAAACAUGUUAAGGAUGGAUGUGAUGACAUCAUUGAUAUGUGAUGCUUUCACCAAUUCCCUUGUUAAAGAACAUAUGCUGAAAUUUAAAUUGAAAUUUUGAUACAUUUA